AUAAUUCUGCACUUCCCUGUUGGUGUAAAAAAAAUGGCAUCCGAAGCAAAGGAGCUAUGAAAGCUUGUACGGUAAUCUUGCAAGAUUGACAUGAAAUCAGGGACGUGAUUACACUAAGAUUUGUAGUCCAUACCGCCCUUAGCUGACAGACGAUAUGCCGAAUUUGUACAGUAGAGUAAGUAAGGAAUUCACACAAUUAGCAACCCGCUGAAUGCCUAGGCGUGAAAGCACGACUUGCUACUAGCAAGCUAAGCAGGACACCUCAGUAAAUGGUUAGCUAAUGCAGCCGUAGCGGUUCAUUUGUCUCGAUCUGCCCGAUAUUUUAAACAUGGCCAUUACCCAGUUCCGCCUUUUCAAGAUAUGCACAUGCCUAGCCACGAUACUGUCUUUCUUCAAAAAACUAAUAUGCAGGACUGGCAGAUUGCGAAAGCUAAGCGGGGACCAGAUAACGCUUCCGACCACUGUUGAUUUCUCAUCUGUACCCAAACAGCCAGAGAUUGAGGAGUGGAGCUCUUGGGAUGAGGAUGCUCCGACCAGCAUUAAGAUCGACGGUGGCAAUGGGGUCGUGCCUCCACAGCAGGACGAGGCCGAGGAGGAGGAGCCCGACUACUUCAAAGACAUGGCGCCCACCAUCAGGAAAACACAGAAGAUCGUGCUGAAGAAGAGGGAACCAAUGGGCUUCUCCGUUCCGGAAUCUACUGCCUUCUCCAGCAGGCUGGCCGCCACUCAGGACGUGUCCUUCAUACCACCCUCGUCGGAGCUGGGAGACAUGGAUGCCUGGCGGGAGGACCCCAGCGCAUGGGAGGAGGAGUCAGAUGUGGCCUGGGAGGCAGAGGAGGUACUCAGACAAACGAAGCUGGCUGAUCGGGAGAAGCGUGCCAUGGAGCAGCAGAGGAAGAAGAUGGAGAAGGAGGCUCAGAGGAUGAUGAAGAAGGAGCAGAAGAUCGCCGUCAAGCUCUCCUAACAUUUCCUCUUGUCCCCAAUGAGCGCUGGACACUCACGGACAAACAAACAAACUUAAAAGAAAGGAGGAAAAAAAAGAAGAGGAACAAAAAUCCUUUUUCAUUUUUUUUGUUUUGUUUUGUUGUCCCCCUCAGACCUUUUUGUUUUUUAAAUCACCAAGAACUUAACAGUGUGAGCACCGAGACUGGAAGUUCUGCUCCAAAUGUUUUAUUGUUAAAAGCCACAGUAAGAAAGGAGUGUAUGGCCCCCCGCCCCUUUUUAGAUUUUUUUUUAAAUUAUUAUUAUUAUUUGAACUUCCUGUGUGUUUGUGUAUGCGUGUGCAUUAAAAAUGACAAGUGCACACCUGAAAAAGGACUUGAAGAUGGCCCAUUUCCUUAUUUAUGAAAACUUGAAGGAGUUUUGAAUGGAAUAAUAUCAAAUGGACAAACACAUCUCUCUUUUUUAGUGUACUCUCUAUCUCUCUCUCUCUAGCUCUCUCUCUCUCUCUCUCUCUCUUUCUCUCUCUUUCUCUCUCGCUCUCUCUCGCUCUCUCUCGCUCUCUCUCUCUCUCUCUCUCUCUCUCUCUCUCUCUCUCAGCAUGGUAUAGUCUGGGCUACUCCUGAGGCUUGUGCUGUGCAUACGACACUAAGGACUAAUUAUUUUGGGGACUGCGUGGAACGUUGUACUGAAUGGAAUGGUGGCAGUACACACCUGUUAGUUGCUUUAUACCAUUGCGGAACUCAAGCUGGUCCUCCACGUCACUGAUUGAAAUGUUUGUGUCCCCCUUCUCUCUCUUUGUACAUUUAUGUAAAGGUCAUGCCAUAUUCAAACCUGUUCCACAUUGAACACUGAAAUCUCAGUGGGAAAAAACCUUAUUGCUCUGCUUUUGGAAAUACUGGGAAAAAUCAGACACUGGUAGGCUUGUCUCAGCAAUACGUAUUGUUUAUUAAAUGCUAUUUAAUGUGUGUGCGUGAUGCGCGUUUGUGUGUGUUUGUGCGUGCGUGCGCGUGUGUGGGCAGGAUUUAGAGGAGGAGCCGUAGAUGUUAAUGUGUGAGUGCAUGAGGCUGAUAAAGGAGCGUGGGUACUGAGCAGCUCUGUUGUCAUGGCAACAUGGAACACAUCUUCUUCUGAAUGUUUUGAUUGGUGAUGCCGUGGCAACAGGAGAUGGGAGUUGAGCCCACAUGCUGGGCUGGUGCAGAACGAGUACCGGAGCUCUCCCCAUUUACCCACUUCCAUACCUUGCCCUGUAGUGUGAUCUAGAGGAAUGAGAAAGGCCUUAUUCACUUAUUUGUUUGUUAGUCAGAUAUGAACAGUUUGUGUGUGUGUGUUUAUGUGUGUGUGUUUGUAUGUUUGCCAUGGCUCACUGUUAUUCAGGGCUUUUCUGAUUGAAAUGAAAACAGAUGUAUCAAAGGGAUGUUUAGGACUGACAACGCAACAUGGUGUUCACCUGCCGAUGAUUGCUAGUCUCCUGUGCAUGUGCUAACGCUGGGUCUUCCAGUAUCACCUAAAGUGGAGUUUUAGAUGAACGACAGGUGAAGGGUUUUUUUGUUUGCUUUUUUGCGCAUUCACAAGUUCCUAUCUGGUCAAUUUCAUUACAUCGUGGAGCAAGGUGGUUAAAGUUGCAUGGUCAUUUCUAAUGUCAGAUCAAAAACUUUUUCUUUUUUUGCACAUUCCUUGUCUAAUAAAUGUGUGGAGCUCCACUGUACUCUGUUUUGUUUGAAUGUGUGGCCCUGCUGGAUUGCACAAGCUAUGGAAGGUGGGUUUUUUUGGGAGGGGGUUGUGUGUGCCUGUCGGUGUGUCUGUGUGUGAUGCACAUUCAUGAGACUGUGCCAUGUAUAAUUAAAAACCAUCCUUGCGUUUUUUGGA